AUGGCAAGCAACCAGCAGAGGAACGUUUAUGACAAUUUUCUGAACAUGUACGCGCCAGGGCACGAACCUGGGCGUAAUGUACCGUACCCCGUGGAUGAUUUGCCGCAGAAUGGUGGUUCCGGUGUCAGUAACAAUCCGUUCAUCGAUUCUAAUGUGCCUAUGAGAAGGCAGCCUGUACCAGCAGGAGCAACAUCCCAGGGAGGACAGAUACAGCAGCAACAGUCAUUCCAACAACAACAACCAGAACACCAACACCAACACGAACAGCACCAUCACCAUCAACCAGCACCACCACCAUCACAACAACAACCACAGCAGCAGCCAACCGAAAGAAGCGCACCACCAUCCAGAGAUUUAUCGGAGUACUCUCCAGAAGCCAUUGAGUUCUACAGAGUCUACCAGCAAACGAUUAACGACGCAAACAAGUUCACCAAACCAGUUCAGUUGAAAUGGUGCGAGACGCUUCUCCAGUACGCGUUCAAGCCAUCGUUUUUGAUCCGGUACAACAUUAACGCAGAGCGAUUGAAGCGGGACUUGAAAGAAUCCGAGAUGUCACAGAACAAACGUACCAUAUUGGAACACGCAUUACGAGUGUUGACCAAAUUGACGCAACUGAACUACCCUCCAGCCCUAUAUUUGUUGGGAACGCUCUAUUCCCACCAGCCAUACAUCGCGAUACCGAAACCGAUGGAGAUCGUGAAUAAGAACGACGCCAAAGCCCUGGACUACUACCGUAGGGCUGCGGACUUGGGACACAAGGAAGCGAUGUAUCGUACUGGUGUGUGCUACGAAUAUGGUCGAGGCGUGGACAGGUCAAUUCUGGGAGAACACGAGUCUCUCAAACUCGCGCAAAAGUACUACGAAACAGGAGCGCUCUCGAAAGGGGACUCUUCGUCCAUGUACAAACUUGGAAUGUUCUAUCUGAAGGGGCUAGCUACGAAGUCCGGAGAAAUUGUCAUAGAAAAAGACCCGAUGCAGGCGUUGUACUGGUUCAGGAUGGCCGUGAAAGAGAUAGAAAUACCGAACAACCCAACGGGCAACUCCCCAACAACGCUGGACUCCAUCUCACCCCAGGCAAUGAUGGAACUUGGGAAGAUCUACGGGUUCGAAGAGAUAGACGACUCCACCAGACAAGCGCUUCUGAGAAACGGAAUAUCUCAGAACAAGGUCACUGCCAUCAAGUACUACUACAGAUGCGCCCACGAAUUCGACUACUCUUUGGCACAGUACAAACUGGGCCACUUUUACGAGUUCGGCGAGAUGGGGCUUCCCGUAAUACCGAAGAAGUCUAUUGCGUGGUAUGCCAAGAGCUCCAUGAACAAGACAAAGCCAAACCCAAUGGCCAUGGUCGCGCUUAGCGGAUGGUACCUAACGGGUGCUGAGGGUGUCCUCAAGCCAAAUGACAAAGAAGCAUUCAAAUGGGUGUCACGUGCUUCCGCUCUUUCAGACGGAAAAUUGUCCCGCGCCGAAUACGCUCUAGCCUUUUACUUGGAGAAGGGUCUCGGUUGUUACCCAAACCCACAAGAGGCACACAAACACUACCAGAUUGCUGCCAGGCUUGGUCAUCCAAAGGCAAUCGAGGCCUUGGGCCUGGCCCCAAGACAAUAA